GAGUACGCUCGCCACUCUCCGCUCACUUCUCUCUGAUGGUUGGAGGUUGGGAGCUGGCAGCGCAGCUUGGGGUAGCUCACAUUGAGGUGUUGUCGCAAAACGCGUCGAGUCCAGGGGAGGGGAAGCUGUGGAAGAAAAAUUGAAGCUCCAUCCGAGGUGGCUCAUCUAAAAUAAGCACGGGCCAUCAUUUUUGGCUGGCUGAGGCUGGACCUAACUGGACCUACUACAGUACAGUACUGAUAGUACUAUACUCACGCCAUGAAGAUAAUAUACUGAGCACUCCAGUAAUCAGCUAUCCUACGAAACAAUUCAGUCGCCCGCAGAGAUGCGAAUCUCACCAAGCUUCACCUGCCAAAAGUGCCUUCGUGCGCUAAAACACUCAUCACAUCCCACGCAAAGCUCGCUGAGCAGACGAACUUUCUCUUCCACAAUCCACCAUGGCUCAAGCCUACGAAGCUUUGCUCCAGUGGCAGCUAGAUCGUCGGAGAGGGUUUUGGGAAGGAGAGCAACAUCUUCAGCUGCACAGUCACAGCCAAAUGAGGCGCAAAGAGCGUUAUUGAAACCCAACAACCUUUUCCACAAGUUCUCCGAAUCGCCUUCUCCAGAUAUCAGAAGAAGAGCUGCAUUCAUGAGGCAGAAUGCUUUCUGCCCACAUCCCGAUCAUCGCCAGACUCGAAUCCCAACAAACCCAGAUGAUCCCGAGUCGAGGAAAUCUCCCACACAAGGAUUAGCUCCAGCGCAUGUCAAUUUCGAGUGUCCGGAUUGUGGCAUACCAGUUUCUUGUUCGGAGGAGCAUUGGGCGGACGACUACGAGUCACAUCUAGAGAUAUGUGAUACUUUGAGACAGACGAAUGAAGAUGAUCACGAUUUGCGAUCCGGACGUUUCUUCCCAGAAUUCGAGUAUCCACCAGAUCAGAUUGAGGAAGCUAUGGUGAACAUGACGAAUUGGGAUACGUUUUUGUUCUCUAGAGAAUUUAACGCCAUCAAUGACGAAAGAAGUAUGCGACAGGCUACGAGAUUAUUGACCUACCCAGUCACAGUAGGUAGUGUUUUGCACGAGUUGAGUCCAUAUGACAUUAGGAAAGGCGGUCGCCUGACAGUCGAGGGACUGAAGAGUUUCAGUGGUAUGUAGCCAGUCCGCUUGAUUCGAUGUCCGUCGAUGCUAAAAGUAUUCCCAGCUUUACGCUAUACCCUUCAUCCACCUCGGUCAGGUGGUGGAAUGGAUGUCAAGGGAAUUAGACCAGCCCCACCCCCAGUUCGUAUUUUCAUCCUUGGAGCGCGAGCAGAAUCUUCCCUUCCAAGAGAGGUAUGGGUACAGUUGACACAUCUAUUUCCUCGAGUUGCCUUUCAUCUUAUAUUUAUUGGACCCGAGAGUAUGACAAACAGAGACGCCGAAUUUCCACUCCCCAAGCGGACUCCGGAAAACCCAUUUGGAGCCAUUGUCGAAGGCCGUCUAACAAGUCAGCUGAAAAUCAGCACUUUUGUUGAGUAUUAUCAUACACUACACAAAGCUGGCCACUUCUACCCAUAUGACCCAUAUUUCGAUUGCUUUAUGCUGUUUCAUCCCGGACUUGGUCAUGCUGCUAGUUCUCAUGAGUGGAAAGAAACAAUCCCCCAGUUGUUGGAGACCAAAGUUCCUAUUAUCGUUACCGGAUACACUCAAUUUGAUAUGGAACGAGAUGUCAACUGGGUCAAGGAAACUGUCGGCGGAGAGAUGGAUAUGUUGCUAGAGCCAGGUGAAAAUCGUUUCAGAAGUCUGAGAUGGGACAUCAAUGAUUUGGACCCCCAAGACAUUAGCUGUGGAAACUAUGGGGUGUGGGCGUUUAGGGGCAAGAGGUAAAUUCUUCAUCUUCCUACACACUUUAUGACACUAAUAAUAUGCAGAUAUGAGACUACGAGGAAGGAUGCCGGCGAAGAAUAG